AUUUUAAAGUAGCUACCACUCUCGUUUUACGCGAUCCAGCGCUAACUGUAGUUCGUUACCGUUCCUUUUUUAAAACUUGACAACGGCUCUUUUUAGAUAUUACCCUUCAGGCUUACUUUGCAUAGUUCUGUCUUGACUUUCGGGAGUGGUCAUACUCACAAAAGUGUACGUUUUGGUAACGCUCAAUCCGUAUCCUUGGUGACGCAAAUAAAGUCACCUUGGUGAUUUGUGCAUUAAGUAAUCUUGGUGAUUUGAAUUAAGUGAUCUUGGUGGCGUGUAUUGAGUUACCUUGGUGACGUACAUUGAGUUGCCUUGGUGACGUACAUUGAGUUGCCUUGGUGAAGUACAUUGAGUUACCUCGGUGACGUACAUUGAGUUACCUUGGUGACGUACAUUGAGUUACCUCGGUGACGUAUAUUGAGUUACCUUGGUGACGUGAUUGAGUUACCUAGAUUAAGUAAACAAAAUUAUACUUUGGUUUAACAGAUAGUUCGUAAAGUACACUCAGUAAUCUUGGACGCAAACUCCCGAGCCAGAAGGACGAUAUCAGAGAUGUAAUUUUGAUUAUUGCCGAAGAACCGUACGGAAGGAUUCUGUCCGAAGGGGAUUGCCGAGCGUCUAGGAAUCACAACGACCACGCCAAAGAUAAUAGACGUAUUGGAGUGAAUCAACUAGGAGGUUCUUUUAAAAACGGACGACCCUUGCCGGAGGACAUCAGAAAGAGAAUCGUCGAUCUGGCUCACUUCGGAGUUAGACCUUGUGAUAUCAGUCGACAGUUAAGAGUGAGUCACGGUUGUGUUAGCAAGAUUCUCGGCCGGUACUCAGACACAGGGUCCAUACUCCCAGGGAACAUUGGAGGGAGCAAACCCAAAGUGGCAACUCCAGAAGUAGUGGCCAUUAUCAGUGAGUACAAGAGAAGGAACCCGAGUAUGUUUGCUUGGGAGAUAAGGGACCGAUUGCUUAUGGACGGUAUGCCAGCCAACAAGGUGCCAAGUGCUAGUACGAUCAACCGAAUCCUACGGAACAAAGUAACGGAAACUGUCCGACCUAAAACUGAAACACCUGAUCUCAAGCUUAAAGCUGAGCCGGAGGAGUGUCCACAACAGUCCUUCACGAUACCCCCAAACAUAAUGGGACAGGUUCCUACUAACUUCAACAGAGCCACUGAUUUCAACCCUUUCUUAGCAACAGAAGUGAGGAAGCGACCACGCAGACACAGGAGUGUCGGGGGCUGUGUUUACUCUUACAACAGAUCAGAGUCAGAUCCUUACAACCGUGUAAAGAUGGAUAGUAGUCCAACGGGAUCAUCAUUUGGAAAGAUGCACUCGCCGAGUUCAAGCUUGUCACCAGAUCAGCUUCACCCUUCCUCCAUAUCUCCACAAAGCACGGCACCCACCUCUCCUCUUCUCCCCAACCUUAUGACGUCACCUAACUCGAUGAUGACGUCACCAGCCUCAAUGAUGACGUCACCAGCCUCGAUGAUGACGUCACCAGCCUCGAUGAUGACGUCACCGGUGCCACAUGUAACGUCACCUCAGUCCCUAAUGACUUCAAGCAGCUCUCACGUGACCCCUGAAGCGCAGAUGGUGUCCUCAGCUCACGUUAUGAAUCACUCCAGUCCAGCAUUGAACCUAACAUCUCCAGGAAUAGAGCUCAACCCGAUCAGCUGCUCCUUCCCUACCAGUGAAACUCCUGACUCUCUCCUCACUGUGCUGACAAAUAGUGGAAGACAACACCCUCACCUGAGUUCUAUCCUGGGACAAAGCCCUUCCUCAAUCCCUGCCACCUCUCAAAAUGCGUCGUGUUGCUAUGGUAACGCAGGUGUAACGGGAUCAGGUGGGAGGAACAUUCAUUACAACGCAAGAGAACAGUGCUCCUCCUACUUCUACAACACCCACUCUGGGUCGUCCUCCAUCCCAUCUCACCCUAGUAACUCCCUCCCUCCUCCUUCACCCUCUCUCCCUCCUCCCGCCCCUCCCCCCAACCAACCUACCCCUCACUCAAGAGGAAGCAGCUCGUGGCUGGAGGACAAGUGGGCCUCCUCCAACCCUCCAGUAGUAGGAUGGACCCCGACCACCCCCAUCUGGGGCAACUCGCACCUCACUCCCGUGCCCCAAACUUACCAGCCCGCCUACUCGGGGGUUCCGCCCCCCUUUCAGCACGGCAUCCAGCCCCUUAUCUCCUCGCACAGACAAUCUCAGAACCUCUCAAGCGAUAUCAUCGACAAUUCGAGAGUCGCGUUCUGAGGACCUUCCUCCAAACGAGAGUGCUGGACUGCAGGUCAUACGUUUUAAUUUAUUUUUGAAAAGCAACAAUUUGAGUGGGAAUCAGCUCGAAAUUUGUUGUUUCCUAAAAAUGAAAGAGGAUGAUCGUCAAACAUUUAUCCGAUACCAUUUACUCAUACUGAUACAAUGUGAGAGAAAUGUUCAGUUCUUUUAU